AUGAAGUCUGUGAACUUAAAGCCAUCUCCAUCUGGAAAGAAACCUUCCAAAAGAGUGAGAAGUCCUGGAGGGUCUUCGGGGUUCAGUGCACAGGAGAAGCGCCCAGAAGCCGGGAGCUCUGCAGUGAGAAGUGGUGCUGACCAGGAGGGUUUCAUGGAUGUUGGAAACAACUCUGCUUCACAAAAACCCAAGAAAAAAAGAAGGUCAAGACAGCAGCCAGAUGCGCCUGUGAAUUUUCGUGCUGAAAUACUUCGUGUGGCCUGUGGGGAGAUGAGGGGGCUGUUAAUUAAGAGAAAAUUGGAACGAGGAGCCACAAGGAAGUGCAUAAGAACUGAAGAUGGAAACUGGUUCACCCCCAGGGAAUUUGAAGUCAGAGGAGGCUUGGAAAAAGCAAGUAACUGGAAGACCAGCCUCACCUGCGGUGGAAAAUCCCUAAAAAAGCUGAUAAAGGAUAAACAUAUCCGUCCACCUCCCAUUACACGUGAAAGCAAAAAAAUGAGUUGCUCCAUUGAACAUUAGGUGGUAUCCAAGGUUAUCUUGAAUUGUAAACCAUUUCAGAUGGGGAUGAUAAGGAGCCAUAAAACCAGAUCUAAUAGCUGAGUGUUACCUAUAGAGGCAGCUGCUGUAAAGUUGUUACAGUUGUAAAAGCAAACAUGAUUCUGGAAUACAUGAAAACCUUCCUUAAUAAGGUCAUAGGGUUAUCUUCAAGUCAAUCCCAGAUUUUUCUGAUAAAGGUUACUA